AUCCGGUUUUGGUUUGGAAGUUUUGGAAGGCGCAUACUAGGACUAGUAGACAGAUGGCACACACAUUUUAGAAGAAUAUUCGUCAUAUCGGUGUUUCAUUGACUGGAGGAGAUGGAGGAGGCUUGCCCAGAGCAGAUUUACCUGGGCAAGGUCACCCAGGUGAUUGACCCAAGCAACUUCUGUAUGCAGAUUGGCACAGACGAGAGUUUGGCUGAGUUUCUACAGUUUGAGAUAAACCUUGAGGAUUCCUGUCGCACUAUGGGGAUCAGUGUAGAAUGUAUAGAUGAUGUUGGAAUGGGACAGCUAGUCCUGGUCGACUGUAUGGACACAGACAGGAUGUGGAGGCGGGGUCAGGUAUCCCGCGUUGACAGAGACAGAGAGACAGUAGAUGUCCUAUACAUUGACUAUGGUGAUACAGAGCUUGUCAACAUAGAUCGUCUGUGUGUAAACCAGGAGGACUUCUUCUCCUACCCUUCCCAGGCCCUGAGAUGCUGUCUGGCUGGUAUUGAACCUAUUGCCAAAAGUUGGACAAGUAGGGCCACCAAGAUGUUCAAGGAUAUGGUAACCAGCGAAAUAUUUCAGACGGUGGUCUUGGCAUUCCAACCGGGGAGCUUCAGUGUCGGUCUUUACACCAACCAUGGUGAUGAUGGAGUUGCAGUCUCCUACAUGAUGCUGGAACAGGAACUAGGACUGCCAACGGAUGAUGAAGUACCCAGAUUGUUUGCUGAUGCUCCCAAACACUUUAACCCUGAUACAUUUUACUCCUCAGGAGACUACUCCAACUGUAUGGGGACACCUAUGGGGACACCUAUGGGGACACCUGUGGGGACACCUGUGGUGACAGAGGAGUGCAAGGAAGAAGGGGCGUGGCCUGAUUCUGCUCCCGACCAAUCAAGUAGCUCAGAAUCUCCUCCUUCUGCCUCCUACACCAAUCCCCAAACAGGAGACAACACUGAUGACGACUCUGGGCCUAAAGUCCAGAAUCAUGACAGUGAUGACAAUGAUGAUGAUGAGGGAGAUGACAGCGAGGUGGAAAGUCGAACGCCCAGAGAGAUGAUUCCUGAGUUUGACUUUGCACAGAUAGAAAAAUACUGGGAAACAUCCACUGACAAAUUACAUGAGAAGAUCAAACUAAAGAGACAUAUUGAGCUGGAGGCAGAGAACACAAAGCUUAAGGAGGACAUGCAGGAGCAAUCCGCCCUGACAUCUGCUGCAGGCGGUGGGCGUUUCUCCAUCCUAAACUACAGCAGUGAUGAGGAGGGUGAUACGCCUUUGUAUAAAGGGAAGUUUGUGGAUACAAAAUUCAUUGAUGAUGUCUACGAUUCCAAUAUUGCACUGGAUGAAAGUGAAAGACAAGACAAGGAAAAUAAACCACCUCCAAUUGUGUUGGAAGGCAAGAAAAAAAAAUGGGAUACAUAUAAAGUUCCACCGAGAUUUCAAAAGAAGGAUGCGGGCAAGUCACCUGCAAAAAAUAGUCGUCCACCCCCACCGCCGGGCUUUAGUGAAAGUUCUAUAAAAACAGAAAGUGAAGAGGUUUACCCACAGGCCCUGGAGUACACAGCCGUGCACUGGAGUGGUGGAUCUGAUCGGGGGACACUUGGUCCUGGAGAAACACUAUCUAACUACAAGGACCCUCCGAGUGGCAGGAAUAAUUCAGUUACACCUUUGAAACUCGGUGUGAGUGAGCAGGUCAGUGCUCCGUGGGUGGAGGAUGUGGAGAUUUUGGGAGACGGUGGUGGGGAGACUGUACAUAUGGAUCAUAUCGCCGCCCUGGAACAGAUCAGUCCAACCAAAGUCGACUUCUACAGGGUCGUUAAUCAGAUAUUAGCUGGUGCUGAUAAGGAAAAUUAUGAUGUGACUGCAGCCAAACUGAGGAGGCUGUUCUCUACAGAUUUGUUUGUGUAUUUGGACACCGAGCAGCUCCAAGGCGUCGUCAACAUUCUACUUAACAGGGCUGUGAGAUAUUAUGGGGAACUACACGACUGUUUAUUGGAAAUUAUAGAACUACUAAAUGUGGCACAAGACUUUCCUGAAUGUGUUGUCAAUGGGAUAAAGAAGCUACAUGAUAUGUACAUCACGGUCCCAGACAAGGGAAGGACACUUCACAACCAGUGUAGUAAAAUAUUUGGACACCUCUUCAGUUUGAGUCUGUUCUGGCAUGACAGUGCCAGCUGUGUACAGAAAUGCAUCUUGGAUUUGGUUGAGCGUUGGAUGUAUUUUAACAAAAAGGGAACUCAGACGGGUCAGGAAGAUCUGGAACAAGUCUAUCUCCAAAGUUUUAAGACGAUCUGGGUGAUCAUCGCUGAUAUCCUCAAGGACAGAUUUGUAGACAGAUAUGACAGUAUUCAGUGGGAAUGUCGUGACAAGCUCUUCGGCUCCAAUAUACCCAGGGCAACAAAAGAACAGCUCCUCGACUUGUACAUUAAUUGUUUCAUCCUGCCGUCAGAGAAGUUCACUGUUGCUGUUGAAUGUCAGACAGAACCGUCAGAACAUCGCAGACAUGUGGGAAGUCAGACAGACCGUCAACAGAAAGUACAUACAUCCAGCUCAGAUCCUGAACACACAGCAUACCAGCCCACCAGCAGAAGUCCCAGAGCUCCUCGACAUCGGCCAAAUGAUCAUACCUUUUCUUUAAUGACUCCUAGUUCGUUUGCCACUGCCACAAAGAUUGGUGAUUCAAGUGUAACUGGAGUUACUUCCCCUGCAUUGGCAUCCUCGAGAGUUACAACCCCUCCAGGGAUUUAGGUCUCCCAGUCGUUCAACAUCACGGACUCCUCUGUCUCAUACCUCUGCUGACAGUAGUGCCUAUUUUACACCUGACCAAUCACCAUUUAGUGUAGAGUUCCCUCCCCUUGAUCACUUUCUGAAUGCAGACGAUGUCGACGUGAAGGAGAAAAAGACUUCAACAUGGGUAGACCACAUUACAUCACAGCCUGAUGUUGAAAGUCUGCCAAAAAAAGGUACCAACAAGGAGAGGAGAGACAUUUCUAGUCCCACAGAUAAAGGUCAUAGAGGUCAGGGAUUACCUGGUGAAACCUCGGAUACACAGAAUACAGGGACAAAAUCAGGACUCAAACCAUCAGACAAAAAGACAAAUAUUACGCCACUAGAUACACAACAAACUGUGAAUUCUACCAGGAAGAAAGGAAAGUCCCAAAAAACUGAAUCAAAAUGGCCAAGUAAAACAACAACAAAAGAAGAUACUGCAAAAUCUAAACAAAAAGAGGGACAUGUUCAUAAAAAAGGGUCCUUUCCAUUAAUGAGAUAUGGCCUAGCCACAAGUGUCCAAAACACCUCUCAUUCAACUAGCCAAGAUCACACUCCCGAGGAUACAACAGCAGUAGGCAAUGUGCAGAAAAAGUUAGAUAUGAAAUCAAUUAUGAUGGACUUAAUGACUAGUUCUGAUAAUACUCGUAAUAGUGAAGUGACGAGUGACAGAAAAACAGGAGAUUUCAGUGACAGAAAAACAACAAAAGACCCUAGUGACAAAAAAACAACAAAAGACCCUAGUGACAAAAAAGUAACAAAAGACUCCAGUGACAAAAAAACAAAGGAUUCCAAGAAGAAGAAAUGUGAUAAAAAAACAGAUUCUAAAAACAAGCCAGUAGAUUGGUGGUCCAUGGAUGUGAAUGGAUCAGACGGUGAUUGUGAUGACCAGACGUUAGACUUAGGAUGGUCAGCUCACAGUUCUCAAGAUGGCGAAGUGUUGUUAAGUAAUGUUAAGUCUCCGAUCACAACCUCUGCUGUUAACUCGGAAGUGUCUGGGAAUUCCACCGCUCUGGAGGACGACGGUGAUUUGGAGUGGGAGACGGACAACAGUGGUGAGGAAGAUGAUAGUGAAUUGGUUGCUGCCAUUUUGAAAAGUGAUGCGGGUAAUUCUAGGCCAUCUGUAAAGAAACCGAUAAAACAUGAACAACCAUGUUGGCGACCAGGAGUUCGGAAAUGUACAGCAUGUGGGGACGAAUCGCACACGAUUUACGAAUGUCCAAAUAGACACAAAAAUGCCUUCUUCUAGAUCUCGUCCAUUCUUAAGCUUGUGGAAAAUUAGUUUCUCAGUGACAACAGUAGAUUUCACAAACAUUUCGAAAUCUAUCCCAAGAUUUAAUGUGAAUUUAACUGAUAACACAGAUUUUAUUUAACAUGUUGUUGUUGAAGGAUACCAGAAAUAUAUCUAAUCACUUAUUUUGUCAAAAGCUAAACAUGAAUUCACCAUUAAGUAGUGAUAAUAAUCAUAUCUUUGGUGCCAAAGCUCUAUGUAGUGAUAAUUAUAACUUGUUGUCUUGUAGGCAAACUUACUGUACAGUUAUGUACUUAGGGCUUUUCCAGUAAAACGUCUACCCCACCCCAGGACUCCAGGUUUGGUUAAGGGGUACAACCAAUAGAAUUUAUUUAAUAAUUGACAUAGAAGUAAUAGGAAGUCAAUCCAACCAUGGAUAGAAGUGAUUUUUUGUGGAGUCCUGGGGUAUUGUACCAGGUAGAUAUUUUAACGGAAUAGCCCUUAUUUUGACGCACUCAAAUUUUAGAAGGUAACAGAAUUUAAACAGUGCAAUGAUGAAUUAGCAAACCCAAAAUGUGCCAUAGCUAUAGAAAACAAUGUAAAGAAGGUGUAAUUGGUGCAAUCAAGAAUUAGCAGAAUGCUAUCGGUACUAAAAGCGCUGAUUUAGAUUACAGCUAAAAUAUGUACGUUUACAGUACUGUGUGUUAAUUGUGUCCUGAUCAUAGCUGUACACAUGAUCUAUAUGAUGUCAUAUCUACAGCUAUUUUUAGAGCUGCUAUUAGUUUAGAUAAUUCUUUGUUCAAUUCCUAUGUGUCCUAUUUUAAAAUGACACUUCAUUGAAAUUAGAAUUAUUAUUUUGUGAUAAAAUUGUGCCUUAUAAAUGUUUUUUAUGGAACUUAAACAUUUUUUCUCAUGAAUAGUGUUAAUUUUCAUUUCCCGGGCAGAAAUAAAAACUGUCUGUAUUUGAUUUUCUGUCUGAUGCUUGUAAAUUAAAAAGUGAAGUCUCGCAGUUAGUCGUCUGUGACUAGUAACAGUCAUUGUGUUACAUAUUGGAUGAAAAACAUAUUUUUUGGAUGCCUAAUUUGAAUCCUAUCCGUGGAUGAUAAAACUUUUGUGAUCUGUAUCAGAAAUUGUACAUUAAUCUUAAAUCAAACUUCAGUUAAACAAUGACAAAGAUGUCAAUGUGGAUGUAUGUGAAUACAAAUGCAUGUGCUGAGUAUUUUUUUUCAUUUUUUUGGUGUUAUCAACAUUAUAAUUUGAAUUCAGCCAAUUGAUCACCGCCACAAACAGGGUGUGGCUUUCUGAUUUCAUCACUACAUUCAAUACAAUCAACACUCGUCAAGGUAGUGAAGUGAUUGUGUCAUCCCCAGGUAGGCUUCAUGAUCAACGGCAACCAAAAUGAGCGUCAAGCUGCUCAAAGUAAAAUUUUAAUUUUCAAAUUUUGAAUAAUCAAACUUAGCUAUUUCUGUCAACCAUUUACAACCAUGAUGCAAUCUUGUUGAUUUUUUAAUUUUGUUUACUCAAAUUGAAUAAGUUUGAAGCACUCCCUAAAUUAAACCUCAAACUGUUAACAGUUCAUGUUAUUCUGGCCUUCAGUAGCCGCUGACAAUACAUUCCUUGAUAAAUGCCAAUCAUCCAUUUUUAUUUUUUUUUUUUUUCGAAUUUAUAAGCUAUGCAAAGUGAUAAGUAUUCAACCCAAAAGUUUGAAAAUAAUUAAAUGGUAUGCUUAAACUAUUCCAUUUAUUGCAUUUGGUGAUAUAUUAUAGCAUAUCAAUAUUAUGGUGAUAUCGACAAUGUUGUGCUGGCCAUGGCCGGCUGGUUUUGAUUGAUGUAUGUACUUGGUCUACUUAUAAUUAAUGCAGUAAUUUACUUUAUACCCUGUUUCAUACCAAAAAUUAGCCUGAGUUUCCUCUGGCCCUGACAUGGCGUCAAGGCCAGAGGAAACUCAGACUAACCAAAAAUCUGAUAAAACAAUACGUUCACCUAUAACCAAACUUUAGCUUUUAUACUGGACUUGUAGAUUAUAACUGGCAUGAUAUGAUUGUCAAUAUAAUCAUGUACUAUCUGUUUAAUACCUGUAUUCAAUUUGAUUUUCGAUAUAUAUAUACUGUUUAUUUAUUUGUUUUUGUAUAUCACACCUGUGUACUAUCUGUUUACCUUAUUUGUUUUGUAUAUCACACCUGUGUACUAACUGUUUACCUGUAUUUAUUUGUUUUUGUAUAUCACACCUGUGUAUUAAGUUUGUUGUAUUAUGCUUUUAUACCUUGGCCUGUUGAGUGUAACAUAUUCCUGACCCUUUAUUAUGCCAGUCCAGUUAUGUAAUAUACCCAUCAGAAUUCUACAGUAGUAUUCCCAGGUAUGUUAUGGCGUCUCUGGCAAUCCCUCAGGUUUUCACCAAUCUUUUACGGUCAGCUGUAUAAUCCUGAUAUUUAGCUGUGUUUACCUGACCAACAUUUUGAUUUGCCUAAUUAUUGAAAGGGUUGUUGCUUUCUUCAUCUUAUCUCAGUAAUUGAAUUCAUCAGGAUAGGGACUUCCUCUAAACACUAUAUUGUAUGAAAGGAAUGCUGGAAGAAAUAUGGAUUAUCAUCUGCAUUAAUGAUAAUACACUGGUUUUACAAGCAUAGAGUCCAGCUGUUAGGGUAAAUAAUGGAAUAGUUCUAACUUCAUUUUAAGCGAUCUCACUCAAUCAUGAAACUUGGUAGGAUUCUUAUUAAAUUUUGAAAUUUUUCACAAAUUCAUUUUGAUACAAGUUAUGACUUUGACAUCAGCUGCAAGUGGCAUACUGUUCCACCCCGCGUUAAACUGUACUAGUUUCUAUUUACAAAGCACAAAAACUGAAGGGAAAAAAAGAAUCCAGUUCUAUAACUGAUAAUUUCCUUUAUAUGCCCAAAUAAAUAAAGAAUGUAAUCUUAAUAAAUAAAUAAGUUUUGACUUGUUCUGCAUAUUCAGCAGCUGUACCAAGUACAGGUACUCGUUGAGUAAUGGUAGCAAUAAUACUUCAGAAAAGACAAAACAAAAUUUCAAUAGAGUCUAAUUUAAUUUUUAAGGCUUUAUACAACAUACUUGGUCCUGUAUGCCGGUAUUUUUGUGUUGUUGUUAUGUUUCUGUAAUCUAUUCCUACUUGAAAAUAUGCGGAGUUAUGUCUCAACAACAGAAUAUAUGCUGUUUUCUAUUUGUCUUCACACAGCAUCAUUUUACUCAAUAUCAUUUAAAUACAUUUGUCCAAAGAUCAUUUAAUGCGAUCAUUAGCUUUCCAAUCCAAAAUGGAAUAAUUGAUAUCAUAAAAUACAUUAUAUUUCAUUUAUUUUGUUAGUAAGUCCCAAACCAUCAGUAAGAUUUUAAAAGUGGUUACAUGUAUUCGUUUAUUUUUCAUAUGUACUGGAAAUGUUCAUAUGCUACGGCACAUAUGUUAUAAAAAGUAAAAGGUUGUUUUUUCAGUACAGUUGAAAUUUGUAUUAUGUAGAUUAACUGUAAAUUGAAAAUGGUAUUUAAAACAUGUUUGCUACAGACACAAAAUUAUGAAAUAUUCGACUUUGACCUUUGACACAGAAUUUUAAUUCCCUCACACCAAAAUUAUAUAUUAUACAUGUAUAGUCCUCCCAGUGGUAAAAAGUCCAAAUUAAAAAAGAAAAUGACAUCAUAACACAUUCUCUACUCCCUGAUAUUUUCCUGGAAGGCAAUUUGUUUUCUAUAAUAGUUAUUAUAUUAUUAUGUUUUAUUUUUUUAACAAAAUAAUGUUCUAAAUUGUUGCUAUAAAACAAAACAAAACAAAAAACAAAACAAAACAAACAAAACAACAGAAAAUACAAAAAGGAUCUAGUUCUAAUGGUGAGUGUCUGUCUGAUAUUAUCUAGGUGCAAGAGCGUACAUUGUAGUAGUGGUAUUUUGUUCAGGGGAAGUAACUCUAAUCCAGGGAAACAUUCAUGGUUGAUUUUCAAUACAAGAAAUACAAAUUAAAAGAAACUGUGAAAGUCUUCUUAGUAUCAUGAUAUAGGUAAUGCAGUGGUUCCCUUUGUCUAAAAGAUGGUCGAUAUCAUUUUAACAGGACCAUAUCUAAAGACAUUAUAAUUACAUUAUUUUUAAAAUCUUUUCAUAAAUUAUGUGUAAUACAAAAAUAUAUAAAAAAAAUUCUGGGUCAUAUAUAUGUACUUAAAUCAAACAUGUAACGUAUAAUAAUUGAAUUUUCGAUUAAAAUACAGUCAAACCUGUCUAGAAAUGCUUCUCAAGGAGUAAAGAAAAGUGAAAUCUAUGGCUUCAAUAAAUUGUUAGGAACUCCGUAUACUCCAUAUACAGGGACAAAAAAUAGGGGCAGGCAAAUAUUUCCUUGCAAAAAUGUUCAAUAUGUUUUCUUCAGCAAAAGCUUAUUUAUCAUAUUUAUAUUAUAAGAUUAUUGACAAAAUAAUACAAUAAUAAUACAAGUAUACUGCAAUAACCAAUUUGAAAUAGUUUUGUACAAGCUUUAAUAUUAUACUAACUUUUAACUCUGUGACACCAAUUUUAGGGGAUAGACUAACUUGGGUCAUGUGUUAGGUUAAGAUAUUUCUAUUGUUAGAAUAAUUUCAUGAUCAUUUGGCUGUUGUGAAAUGACAUUUGGUUUAAAGUUUGUUUGCAAAAUCCCACUUUGAUGUUUCGUGUAAUAUUUUCAGAAUUUCAAAGUGAAUAGGUAGGACAGCAUUUAGAAACGUUUCUGAUACUGACUUAUACACCAUUACCAAAUAAUUUGAAGUUUGCUAGAAGAAAAAAAAAUACAUAAUCCAGCCCUGCUAAACUGUACACUGAUGUACAUUUGUAAAUGUAAAUUUCACACCAAUAUCCUGUGUUCUAUACUGUUACACUGAAACAUGUAAUUUGUUUUUUUCUUAAAACUAAAGAGAAAUGAUUUUUUUUAAGAGAAAUCUUUUUUUUCUUCUCUAAAAUACUGGUCAUGUCCUCAAAUAUUUAUGCAUAUUUAUACAUUGUAUAUAUACUUAAUUCCUAGUCAACAGUUGCCUUAAGAUUGUUUCAAAGAUAAGAAUGACAAUUGCUUUUCAGUAAAAUAUAUUUCAUAGUAUCUUGAGGGUUUACCAUCAUUUUAUGAAAGAAGCUCUUUACUCAGUAUAGACCCUGUUUAUACAGGACAAUAGACUACUGUAGUCUAUUGUUUAUUUUCGAGACAAUUGAGCCGAAUGUUUAAAUACAGGGGUAUACUGUAUAUUGAUCGAAAUUUAAGAACAAAGAUCCACCAGCAAGAUGGAAUAUACUAUAAGGUGUGUUAGCAGACAUUAAUGUUUCUGUGUAUAUCUUUUUUAAUUUCAAAAUAUUUUAUUGCCAACCAAACAAAAUCAAACAAAGUAUUUAUACAAAGAAGAUUAUCAUUAAAUAAUUAAGUAUUGACAAAAGAGAUUGGACAACAAGCCUAGGCCUAGUAUAAGUCUUUUCCUGUAUAUCUUAUGUAAUAAUGUGGCCUAUAUGAACUCUUUACAUUGUAUAUUGUGCUCAAGUGUGUAAACUGCAGCAACCCAGACUAUUUCUUAAACGUUGAUUAAUUAUAAUCAUGACUGCAUAAGUUUUUAAUUCAUCUUUCAUGUACAAGACAUUUUCUCUAUGCAUGUACUUGAUAGGCACAAGUAUAAAGUGUGAAAUCUCAGAAUUAAAUAUCAAUCAAGUCGAAGGAACAAUUACAGUGGAUACAAAAAUAAUUAAACAAUUUGGUUAAAAGCAUUCAUUAUAUCAUUACAUGUAUAUCUGAUUUUGUGUGAUUCGGGAGAGGGAGGGAGAGGUGUUGAUUAAGUGAAAUCAGCAUAUUAGAACCUUACUACUUGUUUUGAUAUGAGAGCUUGACUUCAAAUAUUUGUUGAUUUAAAUACUUUGUAAUAAAUAAUGUUGUUCGUUUAUUAA